AUGGAGUCGACACAGUUCAGUUUGAUAACUUUAAACGAUUUUAAAUGGCUGAACGAGCCAAGCAAUUGGAAUCUAUGCGAUAACGAGCUCAAAGUGUCGACGGACAACAAAACUGAUUUUUGGCAAGAAACAUGGUACAAGUUUCAUUUCAACACGGGACAUUUAUUUGGAAUCGAUGUUAAGGAUGAUUUUUGUUUGGAGGCGUGUAUCGAAGCUGAAUUUUCAAAACUAUACGACCAAGCUGGUUUGAUGAUUUAUUUAGAUGAAAAACAUUGGCUUAAAUGUGGAAUAGAAUACAACGAUGGACAACCGAUGAUCAGCAGUGUACUAACUAAUGAAGUCUCAGAUUGGGCAACCGGUGUUUUCUCAGGAAAUCCAAGGAAGUUCUGGCUUCGAUUAAUCAAGACUGAUAAUGUUGUUUGUGUUAAGUAUUCGCACGAUAAAGAGUCGUGGUCGCUUUUACGACUAUGCCCGUUUCCAAGAAGCGAUGCUUACUUUGUCGGGCUCAUGUGUUGUACUCCGCAAAGAGAUGGAUUAAAAGUUAAGUUUAGUGACGUUUCUGUUCGCUUACCGUGCCAGGAUAUUCUACAUGGCGUAUAA